AUGUCCGCCCGGAGCUCGACUACCUGUCCCUCCAGGCAGCCUAGCAUGCGGGUGUAUCUGCUCUGCCCGGCGGCUCCAAAUCGCACAACCUUGUCCGACAAGAGUGACAAGAGCUCAGCCAGGCAUGCCCAUGCUCUUGUUGGAUCGUCCUCAACGUCUCGCGGCUUGUCGAGGAAGGAAGACGAGGCGGAUGUCCAGAGUGAGCGGGCAGUGUCCCUGCGCGCCAGAGCGACGCCGCGAGAGUCUCAUCCAUGCGUGCUUCCCCUCCUCUCGCUUUCUCUCGCCGAAGCUCGAAAUCUCUUCCUCUCAGUCCUUACUCUAGUACCUCGCGGCAUUGAUCACUUCUUCGUUUGCUAG